AUGGCAGACAGCUUAGUAGAUCAGUUGAAGGCUUCAAGCCUGAGUGGCGGUGGCUCAGAUGAGUGGAAGAAGACGCUGAACAUCCCAGCAAAGGAUAGCAGACAACAAACCGAGGAUGUCACAAAUACAAAGGGCAUGGAGUUUGAAGAGUUUGGUCUCAAGAGAGAUCUACUAAUGGGCAUUUUCGAAGCCGGUUUCGAGAAGCCAUCACCAAUUCAGGAAGAAAGCAUCCCCGUCGCGCUUACCGGCCGAGACAUUCUCGCACGAGCCAAGAACGGCACCGGCAAGACAGCCGCCUUUGUCAUCCCCGCCCUCGAGAAAAUCAACCCUAAAGUCUCAAAGAUACAAUGUCUUAUCCUCGUGCCUACCCGAGAGCUCGCAAUGCAAACAUCCCAGGUCUGCAAGACCUUGGGCAAGCACCUUGGAAUAAACGUCAUGGUCACAACCGGUGGCACUGGCCUGCGGGACGACAUUGUGCGUCUUCAAGACCCUGUUCAUAUCGUUGUUGGCACUCCUGGUCGUAUCUUGGAUCUGGCUGGAAAGAAUGUAGCCGACCUGAGCGAAUGUCCCAUGUUCAUCAUGGAUGAGGCUGACAAGCUUCUCUCCAUCGAAUUCACCCCUGUCAUCGAGCAACUCCUGAAGUUCCACCCCAAGGAUCGCCAAGUCAUGCUCUUUUCCGCCACUUUCCCCCUCUCGGUCAAGGACUUUUCUGAUAAGAAUAUGGUCAGUCCGUACGAGAUCAACCUAAUGGACGAACUAACUCUCCGGGGAAUCACCCAAUACUACGCCUUUGUCGAGGAGAAGCAGAAGGUUCACUGCUUGAAUACAUUGUUCUCCAAGCUCCAGAUCAACCAGUCCAUCAUCUUCUGCAAUUCGACAAACCGUGUCGAGCUCCUUGCAAAGAAGAUCACCGAGCUUGGCUACUCAUGUUUCUACAGCCACGCAAAGAUGGCCCAACAAGCACGUAACCGUGUGUUCCACGACUUCCGAAACGGUGUCUGCAGAAACCUUGUCUGCUCCGAUCUUCUGACUCGUGGUAUUGACAUUCAGGCUGUCAACGUUGUCAUCAACUUUGAUUUCCCCAAGAACGCCGAGACAUACCUGCAUCGUAUUGGUCGAUCUGGUCGGUACGGUCAUCUCGGUCUGGCUAUUAACCUGAUCAACUGGGAUGAUCGUUUCAACCUUUACAACAUUGAACGAGACCUCGGCACUGAAAUCCAGCCUAUCCCUCAGACCAUUGACAAGAGUCUCUAUGUCUACGAGAACCCGGAGACGAUCCCCCGUCCGAUAUCGAACCUGAACCGGGGCGCUAAUGCCUCCCCUGCCGCACAGCUCCCCGGGCUUCCACAAGGGCAAGCAUCUUCAUCUCAGCCUCGGCAACCACCAAAUGACUGGCAAGGCCAGAAUGGCCGCCAGAACGGUCAACGACAGUACCAAGGCGGCCGUGGACAAGGCGGCUCACGUGGUGGUCAAGGUCGAGGUCGUGGUGGCGGCUACCAAGGCCAACGUCAGAACUACAACGGCCAGCGUGGCGGUCGUGGUCAAGGCCAGCCUGCGCCGCAGGUAUAA